AUGUCGAUGUUGUUUGCCAGUGAUGAUAAUGGGCUCGGAGAAAACCCUUUGACUACCUCUAACGCUGAAGUUUGGGGUGGUUCCGCCCCCUCCGAUAACGUCUUGACUAGCGCAAGCACAAGCCUGACACAGAAACCCAGUAUAUUGGAGGAAGACAUCGAUGAGGAACACCCAUGGGGUCCGCCACCAGAGUUGCCAUCCGCGAAACAACAGGAUCCUAUGGAAAAUGUAUGGACGUCAGAACCAUCUAUCGCACAGGAUCAGACCGAUUUCCAAGACAUGUCAGCAUACGAUACGGACGCGCAUGCACCAACAUCAAACGCCGUCCGACGCGAUUUCGUGGAAACGAGUGAUACCACUUUCGAGUCUUCCACCUUUAAACGUACACCGAAAGGUCAUUCUGUGCCGAAUGCAGCGAGUGAGCUGUCCAGCAAAACGUCCGUAUACCCCACAAGCUAUUCACCAUUUGCCAGGGUGGAAAGUCUGGCACCUCGACCGACCAUGACAGAGGACAUUUACAGCGUUCCAGAGAACUUUUUAGAAGUAGAAGUGUUGAAUCCCCGCACUCAGGGUCAUGGUCGUAAGAUGUACACGGACUACCAAGUGAUUACGCGAACGAAUAUCCCCGCAUUCAAGCUGCAGUCCUCGUCCGUCUGGCGGCGAUAUUCUGAUUUUGAUUAUUUCCGUGAAUUGCUGGAGCGUGAAACGACACGAAUCAAUAUUCCGCCGCUACCAGGAAAAGUAUUUACGAACCGUUUCUCCGACGAAGUGAUUGAGCACCGCCGCGAGGGCCUUGAGCGUUUCCUUCAAAUUGUGGCAGGUCAUCCGCUGCUCCAGACCGGAAGCAAACAUUUGGCAGCUUUUUUGCAAGACAGCCAUUGGAAGCGACCAUAA